GUCGACUCGCAGUCAGAUUCGCCCCGAGAGCCUCGGCCCGACGACACCAAAGACUCCACCGCACUCGCACUCGCAUCGCACUCAGCGCGCCUCCGCCUGCGCCUAACGCGUCGCCCUCUCGUCGCUCAAGAGACACACACACGCACACGCAGAGAGAAAGAGAGCAGCGGAGGAGGAAGGAAGCCAAAGCCUUCCCACUUUGUUCUAGACAGCCAAGCCCCAGCCAACUCUAAUCGCCCCUCGCCCUUCUUAGCCCUCCAUGGCGGCGUUUAAAGCUCCCCCGCUCUCGGCCUUCUUCCGCAAGGAGGAGGACCACCUCGUGACGCAGGGACUCACGGACGUGCACGGCGUGGCCAUGUUCCACUCGCUGUACGACGUGGGCGACCUCAUCGGCCGCGGCGCCUUCUCGCUCGUGUACCUCUGCCGGCGGAAGGAGACGCAGCAGAUCUUCGCCGUCAAGGUCAUCAACAAGGCGCUGUGCGUCAAGAAGAAGACGCUGCGCGACGAGAUCACGGUGCUGCUGCGGGUCAAGCACGCCAACAUCAUCAGCCUCGAGGAGGUCUACGAGAGCGACCAGGAGCUGCUGCUCGUCAUGGAGAGAGUCACUGGCGGCGAGCUGUUCGACCGCAUCGUGCGCGUCGGCGUGUACUCGGAGCGGCAGGCGGCCGAGAUCGUCACCAACGUGCUGCAGGCACUCAACUACCUGCACUCGUGCCACAUCUUACAUCGCGACAUCAAGCCAGAGAACAUUCUACUCGCCAGUGGCGACAGCAGCGACGUCAAGUUGAGCGACUUCGGCAUCGCCAAGAUCCUUGAGGAUGAGGACGAAGGCGCACGCUCUCGUGGGCGCGCAUACACAAGCUGCGGGACGGACUACUAUGUUGCACCCGAGGUACUUAAUGGAGAAGGCUAUGACAGCAAGGUGGACCUGUGGAGUCUCGGAGUUGUCUUGUACAUCAUGCUGUGCGGAUUCCCUCCGUUUACGGAAGAUGAGAAUGGGUUGGAGUCAGUGUAUCUUAAAAUCCGCUCGGGCGCGCUCGACUUCCCGCACCCUUACUGGACAAAUGUAUCGGAUGGAGCCAAGGAUUUGAUCCGCAACCUGCUCAACGUGUCACCGCAGGAUCGCUUCAGCGCAGCGCAGGCGCUUAACCACCCCUGGAUAAAGGGCGAGUACAGCGAGCAGCCGCUUUCGUCUGCUAUCCUGGAGAUGAAGCGCUUCAACCAGAAGCGUCGUUUCAACUAG